GUGGCAGCCUGCGAACUACAAGGUGAAAGAGCAAGCAGCGCCAUCCAACACGCCGGCCAAGGACCUCGAGCAGACAGUUCGAGAUCUGGUACAAGGCAAGGGAGGCUCUGUCGACGGUGUGUGGCUUGCUGGAAAGAUUGCUCCCAGCUUCAACACGCACGUUCGAGAAAACAGCAGGCGCAACGACGGCAGCCUCAAGAAGUGGUUGAUGUCCAUACCAGGCAUUGAGAUCGAGACACAUCAGCAUCAGAAUCACUGGUGUGUCAAACUCGCUUGA